CUUCAUCUUCCACUUCUUUCUCCAUUGUAAUCGAUUUUCAAAUUUCGUAAGUUUCAACUUGUUUCAUGGCUUUGGGUCUUGUUGAAUCGAUGGAAUCUAUCAACCCUUUAAAGAAAAAUCCUUUUCUCGGAGAAAAUUACGAGUUUACUCUUGAGCAAUCAAUACAGAAUGUCUUAGCUGAAAUUCGCAAAGGAAAUGUUGUUUUUUCUCGAUUUACGGAAGGAUUCUACAAAUUGAUUCAAGCUAGAGCUGACCCACCAUUAGAAUCGAUUUGGUUUUACUCCGCAUUAACGUUUCGUAGUAGUUUCAAUCCUAAAGGCGACUUUUUGGAACGAGUGGCAGCCAUGAAAGUCUUGUUUCAGUUGGUAUGUUCUUGUUCGGCUCCUUGUGGUUCUUCGAAGACCAUUACGUUGCUUUCUCCUGUGGUUUCCGAAGUGUACAAAUUGGUUAUCGACAUGCGUGGAAAGGAUUUGAACUCGAAAAGGGAAAAGAAAGCAAUGAGAGAGGUUAAGUCUUUGGUUGAAGCAAUUCUUGGUCUUACGAAUCUGAGUUCAUGUGAGGAUUCGAACAAGAAUGAUAAAUCUCUGGACUUCAAUUUCAUUACUCCAUUUGUGGAUUUAAUUAGUAUCUGGACACACCCAAAUGAGGGAUUGGAUCAGUUCUUACCGCUCGUGUGCAGUGAGGUUCGUGAGGAGUUUAGUUCGGGCGAGUGUGAUGUUCGUCGCUUGGCUGGAGUUGUAAUCGCUGAGACAUUUCUGGUGAAACUGUGCUUGGAUUUUAACUGUGGACACUCGAGGCAAGCUUUGGAGGAAGAUCUAAGAAAUUGGACUGUUGGAUCAAUAACUCGGAUUAGGAAUUUCUACUUCUUUGAAACUCUUGUAAGACUCCUCCUGGAGGCAACUUUACCUGUGACGUCUCUUUUGAGUACUGAUGAUGAAGCUUUGUUAAGGAAGGUUCUAUCUGAUGCUCUUAUAUUGGUUGAUUAUUCAUUUUUGAAACCUGAGAAAGCCAUAAACUUACCUGCUGAGCAUACAGCGUUUCUUGCUGUUAAGAGAUUGAUUCUUACUUAUGAGGCCACAGAGUUUUACAGGAAGCAUGGAGAUCAGAACAGAGCCAUCUCAUAUCUAAAUGCCUUCUCAAGUUCUCUUGUUUCUUCACAAAUUAUUAGAUGGGUCAAAAGCCAAAUGCCUAGCAAUGAGAAUCUAAAUCACCUCAACGGGUCGUCACCUAAAGUAUUUCUUGAGUGGCUUCUCAAGGCUGAAGAUCAAGGUGUAAGAGUAUUUGACAAUACCAUUUCCAAUCAUCGAGCCAAAAUAGUUCUUGAUACUUCCAAAUCAGUCUUAUUUGAGGGAGAUAAAGUAGACGAUGAUCUUUUGUUUUACAUCGAUAAGCAAGGGGAAAAUGAAAAUGGAAGGGAGGAGGACAAGACAAUGGAUAAAUCGGUAAAUGCAGCUCUCGUUUCUGUGGCUCAUACAAUGUCAACAACUGAAAAUAGUUCAGUAAAGAAGCGAAGUAGAAAAGCAAAAAAAAGGAAUAAAAAGAAGAACGCUGAUACUAGUCAGUUGAAGUCAGCUGUUGAGAAUAAUGAUACAAAUGGCAAGGAGGACACGACAAUGGAUGAAUCGGUAAAUGCAGCUCUCGUUUCUGUGGCUCCUACAAUGUCAACGACUGAAAAUAGUUCGGCAAAGAAGCGAAGUAAAAAAGCAAAAAAAAAGAAUAAAAGGAUUAAAAUUGUUCAGGACGGUCUGGUUCCGAACGCUGAUGCUACUCAGUUGAAGUCAGCUGUUGAGAAUAACGAUACGGACGUCAAGGAGGACACGACAAUGGAUGAAUCGGUAAAUGCAGCUCUCGUUUCUGUGGAUUGUACAAUGUCAACGACUGAAAAUAGUUCGGUAAAGAAGCGAAGUAGAAAAGCAAAAAAAAAGAAUAAAACGAUUAAAUUUGUUAAGGACGAUCUGGUUCCGAACGCUGAUGCUACUCAGUUGAAGUCAGCUGUUGAGAAUAAUGAUACAGACAGCAAGGAGGACACAGCAAUGGAUGAAUCGGUAAAUGCAGCUCCCGUUUCUGUGGCUUGUACAAUGUCAACGACUGAAAAUAGUUCGGUAAAGAAGCUAAGUAGAAAAGCAAAAAAAAGGAAUAAAAGGAUUAAACUUGUUCAGGACGGUCUGGUUCUGAACAUUGAUGCUACUCAGUUGAAGUCAGCUGUUGAGAGUAAUGAUACAGACGGCAAGGACACGACAAUGGAUGAAUCUGUAAAUGCAGCUCUGGUUUCUGUGGCUCUUACAAUGUCAACGACUGAAAACAGUUCGGUAAAGAAGCUAAGUAGAAAAGCAAAAAGAAAGAAUAAAAAGAUUAAAGUUGUUAAGGAUGAUCUGGUUCCGAACGCUGAUGCUGCUACUCAGCUGAAGUCAGCUGUUGAGAAGAAUGGCACAGACAGCAAGGGGGAAGUUCAUAAUCCACUCUCGUACGAAGAUUCUGACAUGAAAGAGUAAUGUGAUUCAACAAGAAAGGUUGGUAUUUGGUUGCAACAAAACCACUUCAGAUUCAGUUUGUUUUCUCCCUGUUCUUUUGUUGAAGAUCUUGCUGGAGUAGCUAGUCAAGUCAAGGCAAGUCAUACUCGAAACUCAAUACGACUCCGAAAACAGUUGAUUUUGAACUCGGCACUUUGCAACAGUUCAACCAAGGAUUGCAAAUGUAGAAUGAUUCACGAUUUAAUCAAGGAAAGGAAUAUGGUGGAAAGACAUUUUGGGUCAUUGUGAUGCUGCUGCUUGGUUUCAUGAAGAUGAAUCAGAUCUUUAACUAAGUAUUUGAUAUAAAUGUAUUUUCUUACCUUUAUUUGAGUAAUUCUCUUAUAAGAGAUUUUUCAAAUUUAAACAUUACAAAAAUACUCUCUCCAAUUGCAAAUUUUACUCUUAGACCUUUCACCUAACAAAGUUUUGCAAGACAUUGUACUCAAA